GAGCGUCACGGGUGGACUCCGUUUCCCAUGAAGCCCCGCGGCUCCGCUGCAGCAGCUUCACUGAGGAGGAGCAGUUUACCGAGGACAGGCCGGACGGAGAGACCGUCCUCACACCGAGGACACACAGACAGGCAUUGACACAGACAGGUGAUCAGACUUUCAGUUAAGGGGGUCCGAGGACACAGCUCCAUGUGGUCUGAAGAAGAUGAGAGAACAUGACUUUGGACGGAGUGAGACUGGGUCUCCCUCCCUCAGCCCUCUGCCGGGGUCAGAGGUCAAACUGCAUAAGGAUGCGCUGGGUUUGUGUGAGGAUGGAUCAGAUGGUUGCCAUGGUGAAGAGCUGGAGAAGGGAAGCCUGGCCACACCGGGAGGGGAGAACACCAGGUGUGGCCAUCCGGUCGACAGCACAGGUCUUCUCUCCUUCAUGACGUUUCAUUGGUUGACUCCUCUGGCCACACUCGCCCACAGGACAGGACGGCUCAUGUUAGACGAUGUCUGGCCAGUAUCACAGAGGGAGCGUUGCCACGACAACGCCCUGAGGUUGGCGUCUUUGUGGGAGGAGGAGCAGAGGUCAAAGGGCAGCGAGGCGUCUCUGUGUUUGGUGGUGUGGGCCUUCUGUCGGACUCGUCUUCUCCUCUCCAUCCUCUGUCUCACUGUUACACAGUUGGCUGGAUUCAGUGGGCCGGCGUUUGUGGUGAAGCGUCUGCUGGAGUACACCCAGCAGGAGGAGUCAGACCUGGGCUACGGUCUGCUGCUGGUGCUGGGUCUACUCACCACCGAGCUGAUCCGAUCGUGGUCUCUGGCACUGACCUGGGCCCUGAACUACAGAACCGGAACCAGGCUGAGGGGGGCCAUACUCAGUCUGGCCUUUAACAAGAUUCUACGACUCCGCAGCGUCAGGGACCAGUCCAUGGGACAGCUCGUGAACAUGUGCUCCAGUGACGGUCAGAGGAUGUUCGAAGCAGCAGCAGUGGGCAGUCUGUUAGCAGGGGGCCCCCUGGUGGCCGUUCUUGGUGUUGCCUACAACCUCUUUAUACUGGGACCAACAUCUUUACUGGGCUCAGCUGUGUUUAUCCUGUUCUACCCGACCCUGAUGUUCAGCUCCAGGCUGACGGCGUACUUCAGGAGGAAGGGCGCAGCCGUCACCGACAAACGAGUGCAGAAGAUGAACGAGACCCUGAGCUACAUCAAGUUCAUCAAGAUGUUCGCCUGGGUCAAAGCCUUCUCCCAGGACGUCCGCCGCAUCCGUGAGGAGGAGCGGCGGAUCCUGGAGCUCACAGGUUACUGUCAGAGCAUCACUGUUGGCGUGGCCCCCAUCGUCGUCGUCAUUGCCAGCGUGGCAACUUUCUCCGCCCACAUGUUGCUAGGAUACGACCUGACUGCUGCUCAGGCCUUCACUGUGGUGACGGUGUUCAAUGCCAUGACCUUUGCCCUGAAGGUGACUCCGUUUUCUGUCAAGUCUCUGUCUGAAGCUUCGGUGGCUGUUGAGCGAUUUAAGAGUCUCUUCCUGCUGCCAGAGGUCGACAGCGUUCGGGCGCCCCCUGCUGAUGCUCAGGUUGCCGUGGAGAUGUGCGGGGCCCGCCUGGCGUGGGAGGGCGGCGGGCACAGCGCCCAGCCCAGUCCGUGUGUUCGAAAAUCUGGCAGACUGCAUCACAGGGACAGGUGCAGAGACAGACCCACAGUUCUCAGAGAGGAGGAGGAUGAGGAGCAGGAGGAGGUGACCAACUCCCUGCUGAGAGAAGGAGGAGAUGGAGCCUCAAACCCAGAGGAGGACGAGGGGGAGACCUGUCCCUCCAUCCUGUCUGUCCCUCCUGCGUCCUCACGCCUUCAGAGCACCCUGCACUGCAUCAACCUGAGCAUCCAGCAGGGGACGCUGGUCGGGGUCUGCGGCAGCGUCGGCAGUGGGAAAACCUCCCUGAUCUCUGCUAUUCUGGGACAGAUGACUGUGCUGGAGGGCAGAGUGGCCGUCAGAGGGAGACUGGCAUAUGUCGCUCAGCAGGCCUGGAUCCUGAACGCAACACUCAGAGACAACAUCCUGUUUGGACAGGAGUACCAGGAAGACAGGUACCAGUCGGUGUUGAGCGCCUGUUGUCUCCGCCCGGACCUCGCCCUGCUGCCCAACGCUGACCUGACUGAGAUCGGGGAACGUGGUGCCAACCUGAGUGGUGGACAGCGCCAGCGGAUCAGCUUGGCCCGUGCCCUGUACAGCGACCGGGACAUUUACAUCCUGGAUGACUCGCUGAGCGCCCUCGACGCCCAUGUGGCCAAUCACAUCUUCCGCAACGCCAUCAGAAAGCAGCUCUGCCACAAGACUGUGGUCUUUGUAACGCACCAGCUUCAGUACCUGGUGGACUGCGAUGACAUCGUCCUGAUGAGGGAGGGAAAUAUUGUGGAACAAGGUAACCAUGACGACCUGAUGAAGCUGAAUGGAGAUUAUGCCGCCAUGUUCAACCACUUCCAGCUGGGAGACACACCAUACAUUGAGGCUCCCAGUAAGAAGAAUGGUGGUUCUCAGAGGAAACCAGCAGACAGUAAACCAGGAUCGGUGAAGAAGACUGCACCCGUUGUAAAGGACAACGGGGAGGAGCAACGGUGUGGGGGCGUGGCCUGGCCUGUGUUUCAACUCUACAUGUCAGCGUGCGGUGGCCUGGUCUCAUGCCUGCUGAUCCUGGUCCUGUUCAUUCUGAACGUUGGGAGCUCGGCUUUCUGCAACUGGUGGCUCAGCUACUGGAUCAACCAAGGCAGUGGGAACACCACAGUAACUCAAGGCAACGGAUCAGCAGUGAGCAUCAGCAUGAAGGACAAUCCCAUGAUGCAGUACUACGCCACCAUCUACGCCUCCUCCAUGGGCGUCAUGCUGUUUUUCAAAUUCGUCAGGGGCAUUGCCUUCGUUAAGGGAACUCUGCGAGCCUCCUCCAAGCUGCACGACGAGCUCUUCCACAAGAUCCUCCGUUGCCCCAUGAAGUUCUUCGACACAACCCCCACAGGACAAAUCCUCAACCGCUUCUCCAAAGACAUGGAUGAAGUUGACACCCGGCUGCCGUUCCAGGCUGAGAUGUUCAUACAGAACAUGAUCCUGGUCUUCUUCUGCCUUGGCGUCAUCAGCUGUAUUUUCCCAUGGUUCCUUGCGGCUGUGGGGCCUCUGUUCUUGCUCUUCGCUGCUCUCCACGGCGUCUCCAGGGUCUUCAUCCGAGAGCUGAAGCGCUUAGACAACAGGACCAUGUCACCUUUCAUGUCCCACAUCAUGUCCAGCAUCCAAGGCCUGACCACGCUGCAGGCCUACGACAGGGGGCAGGACUUCCUUAACAGGUACCAGGUUCUGCUGGACCAGAACCAGGCUCCAUUUUACCUGUUUAGCUGUGCCAUGCGCUGGUUAGCGGUGCGCCUGGACGUCAUCAGCGUGGCUCUGAUUAGUAUCACCGCCCUGAUGAUGGUCCUGAUGCACGGACAGAUCCCUCCCGCGUACGCUGGACUCGCCAUCUCUUACGCUGUGCAGUUAACAGGCCUGUUCCAGUUCACGGUGCGCUUGGCGUCUGAGACAGAGGCUCGGUUCACCUCUGUGGAGAGAAUCCACCACUACAUCCAGUCCUUGUCCCAAGAGGCGCCAGCCCGGGUCAAAGGUCGGGCCCCUCCUGCUGAUUGGCCCCAGCAGGGCGAGUUGGUGUUCAAAGAGCUGAAGAUGAGGUACCAGGAGAGUCUACCUGUGGUCCUGAACAACAUCUCCUGCACCAUCCGGCCCAAAGAGAAAGUCGGCAUUGUGGGCAGAACUGGAUCAGGAAAGUCCUCUCUGGGUGUUGUCCUGUUCCGACUGGUAGAGCGCUGUGGAGGAUCCAUCCUGAUUGAUGGCAUUGACAUCCAUGACAUUGGACUGGCCGACCUCCGCAGCAAGCUGUCCAUCAUCCCUCAGGACCCUGUUCUCUUCAGUGGGACGGUCAGGUCUAAUCUGGACCCAUUUAACCAGUACAGUGAGGAGCAGAUCUGGGAUGCUCUGGAGAGAAGUCACAUGAAGGAGUGUGUGUCUCAGCUCCCGCUGAAGUUGGAGUCAGAGGUGGUGGAGAAUGGUGAAAACUUCUCAGUAGGAGAGAGACAGAUGCUGUGUGUGGCCAGAGCUCUGCUGAGGCAGUGCAAGAUUCUGAUCCUGGACGAAGCAACGGCAGCUAUGGACCCUGAGACGGAUACUCUGAUCCAAGAAACCAUCAGGACAUCGUUUCAGGACUGCACCACGCUCACCAUCGCCCACCGCCUCCACACCGUGCUUGCCUCCGACCGCAUCAUGGUGCUCAACCAGGGACAGGUGGUGGAGUUUGAUGAGCCAUCGCGGCUGCUGGCCAACGAGAACUCGCGUCUGUGCUCUAUGUUGGCCGCUGUGGAAAACAAAAUCUCUGUGCGAGGAUGAAGACGGAGCCAGGGGUCACGCUAGGUCACCUGUUCUCCAGUAUAAACGGAAAGUAAAGGUGCUGUUUCCGUUCCUGUACUGUAGAUGUAAAGCUAAAAACUGAUCUGAGAGCAGCUCAGAGUUUGUUAAAUCUUUGAUGUGUCAUCAUCAUCUCUGAUGUACUGUUGCUUUUUUGCAACAUGAAGACAUAUUUUGUUGUUAUGACCUGAGGAACCAGGUCUGUGCUAAUUAUUAUUACUAAUAAUAUUAUUAUUAUUAUUAUGUUGUUGUUAGUGGUGCUGGUUUGUUUGACUGUGGUGAACCCUGUGUGACCUUCUCUCACCUGCUGUUUGGACACAUAAGGGGUUAAAGGGCAGGUUAGUUAAAACUGUCCAAAAUAUUCUGUCAUUGGUUUCAUUCUGACCCAGAAUGAGGCAGUCAAACCUUAAAUGAAGUUCAGUUAUUUUUGGAUGGUAUCAGAACUAUCUGUGACAUUUUACUUUCUGUAACAUUUGCACAAUGACAGGAAUGAAAUAUUUUGAAUGAAAACAUCCGCAGCCCUCAGUAAGUUUGCUGAACAGCUUUUUUUGUGCCAUUAAUUUCAGAGCCAAGAAUCGUUUUUUCUGUGGUUUUGGAUUAAAGGUGAAUCCUUCAAUCUUUUUAAUUUAUUUUUAAACAAUGUCCACUGCUGCUAAUGUUACACUGUAAAAAUCUGAGUUUCUCUUUUACCUUGAUGUUAAAAUAGUUUUAGAAAAUUGAACAGUUUAAUUCUCCUGCUGUUGUCAAGUUUAACUUGUUGUUUUGUUUUACAACCUGGUUUUUAUUCUACUCCAGACUUGUUGCUGUUACCAAAAUAAAAGCCUGGUUGUGAAAGAUGAAUGGAAUAUUCCCUUAGCAUCAAUUUUCUUAUACCGAACAAACAGCCUUGUGGAAAGUGUCUGUGUGUGUGCUGUACCUUUCUAACAGCCUUAUAGCAUGACUUGAUAACUGCCUUGUUAGCGGGGGGGAUUUUCUCUAAUAUUGUUAAUAAAACAAUUUUAAGAUAAAAGGGUUGUGUCACUUCCUGUUGUUUGUUUGGUGUGAUUUUAAUAAAACAUUCUUUUAAAAUUA